AUGGAGCUGCUCUCUCUUUCAAGAUCGGUAGCUUGGCUACUCCUCGUAGAAGCUUUUUGUCUGGUAGAAGGAGGCAAGCUUCUAGUAGUUCCUAUGGAUGGCAGCCAUUGGCUAAGCAUGAAACCUGUAGUAGAAAAACUAACGAAAAAUGGGCAUCAGGUUGUGGUGGUGACACCAGAGAGUACUUUAUCAAUGAGUAACUCUUCAUGUUAUUCUCUGAAGACCUACUCUGUGCCAUACAGCAGCCAAGAUGUAGAAGACAAAUUGCAGAAGUUUGGAAGAGAUCACUUCAUUAAUCAUCCUUUUCCAGGAGUCACCAUUGCUAUGUUUAACAGCAUGUUAGAUGCAUAUGAUAUGUUUCGGACUAUGUGUGCAAAGUUAUUAUUCAAUAAAGAGUUCAUUCAAAAUCUAAGAGAAGAUAAGUAUGACGCAUUGCUUACUGAUCCAUUUUCACCUUGUGGAAUGAUGGUAGCAGAACAUCUCGGAAUUCCUAAUGUGAAUUUUCUAAGAGGAAUGCCUUGUAUGUUAGACUACACCAGCGCACAGUGUUCGAGCCCCUUGUCCUAUGUUCCCAGAAUAUUCAGCCAGUUCUCAGACAAGAUGACUUUCAUGCAGCGUUUGAAGAACCUAUUGAUUAGAGUAAUCGAGUUCUAUUAUUGUGCGACGACAUAUGCACCAUGGGAACAUCUGGCUUCCAAGUUCCUAGAAAAGGAAGUGAAUAUGUAUCAACUUCUCAGUAGAACAUCCAUCUGGAUUAUGAGAUAUGACUUUGUUUUUGACUAUCCACGACCUGUAAUGCCCAACAUGAAGUUUGUAGGAGGCAUCAACUGUGUUCCAAAAAAAAACUUGAGUAAGGUAAGAAUAAUUCAUUCAUAUUAUAUUGCAAGUAAAUUGUGA